CAGGCUCUCCUCUCCGUCCUCCGUCCUCCGUCCUCAUUACUUGACCUUUUCCCGCACGCAGAAGGGAAGGGAUUCAGGUGUUAGGGUUUGAGUUUCUACUUCAACCCCCGCCAACUCUCUGGCGGAAUCUUCGACGAGAAAGAUUGUUAUAGAAAACAUAGGCAUGGCUUUUUGUGCACCUCUGACCGGAAGGAUUUUGACACCAACCCCUGUUCUUUGAAUCUAGAGGGUAUAUGAGUGGAUUGUAACUGGGAAGAUGUGGCUUGCACAAUCUGCUUGGAUUUUCCUCGCCAUAUUGGGCCUUUCGUGUGUGGUACUGAUUAGACUCAUUCAAAUUGUCUUGACCGGUUCAUAAGUGCAUAUGUGGUGCCUAGUGUUGUGAAAGUUACAUCACUACAGAUGGGGCUUCAAUGGUAUGCAUUCAAGACACUUUUUCUAACUCCAGCAGCCGAUCAGCCUGCCCACUAUGUAGAGGAGAUGUAACUUGGUGGGCUGUUAUCGAUGAGUCCCGUCGAUGCUGUGAAAAGAAACACUGUUCAUAAAUUGGCAACUUGACUGAGCUGCAGAAGCAUGCUCAGAUGAAACAACCCCAUUCAGGCCCUUCAGAGAUAGAUCCUGCACGGCGACUUGAUUGGGAUAACCUUCAGCAGUCUUCAGAGAUGUACAUUCAGAUGUACCAAAUGGAGUGGUUUAGGUGAUUGUGUUAUCGAGCAUGGGGAUAGAUGACCAUGAAGAUUUUCCUCAUAGCAGGGUCAACUGGUGGUGACCUCCUCCUGUAUAUCUUGUAAUGUACUUCAUAGCGGUUCAAGAAACCGGCAGAGCUCAAGAGGAAGCAGAAGAAGAAGCAGUCACCAUUGAAGCUCUGAUGGUUCAAGUCUACAAGAUCUGUAAAUACACAAGAGUACAGAUUUGUUGAAACCAACAAUGAACUUGCAAGACGUCUGAUCGCCGGACACUACAGGUAGAACGGAUCUCAUUUCUAUGAUGAUUGAGCACCAAGAAGCUAGUCCAUCAUCUAGAGGCAGCUUUGCAGCUUCGAAAACUACUAUGAUACAGAGAGCCUCAAGCUGCAUCAUGGGUUUAACAUAUCAGCUAGCUGAGUUGAUUCUUUCUGGGAGACUGCUGGUGGCAAAGUGAAACUGAGGUUGAAUCUUCAUGUUGGUGAGCAGGAUUCAAGUGAUGGAAAUAAUCUCUUAUAGAGAUAAGACUACUAGGCAAGAGACAGGUUCCCUUUGGGUUGUUUAGAGAGAGAGAGAGAGAGAGAGAGAUGGGCAGAGCCCCAUGCUGUGACAAGGCUAUUGUGAAGAAGGGACCAUGGUCUCCUGAAGAGGAUGCAAAGCUCAAGGCUUACAUUGAAGAGAAUGGAACUGGAGGAAAUUGGAUUGCACUGCCUCAUAAGAUUGGAUUGAAAAGGUGUGGCAAAAGCUGCAGACUGAGAUGGCUAAACUAUUUAAGACCAGACAUCAAACGUGGUGGUUUUACAGAAGAAGAAGAUCAAAGAAUCUGUAGCCUCUACAUAAGUAUUGGGAGCAGGUGGUCAAUAAUUGCAGCCCAACUUCCAGGAAGAACAGACAAUGAUGUCAAGAACUACUGGAACACCAAGCUACAGAAGAAACUAUUCGGCAAGCGAAAAGAACCACCCCUCCGCAUCAACCAUGUUCCAACCCUACCUGCAUCAGCUCUCGAGAGGAUGCAUCUCCAAGGCCUCCUCAGCUCCCCCUUCUCCUUCUGCAGCAACCCUGAGCCAUGGCCCAACCACCAGCCACCAGGAGACAGAUCAAUUCUCCCAAGCAUCUCCACAGACUCUACGCAUCAAGCUGGUUUCCAAAUGAGAUCUGGCAUCUUAAAGUCCGAGAGCGCAAGUACACGAGGAGAAGUAGAGCGUUCAGCGCUAGGGUUUCACUCGGCUUCAACCGGAGGAAGCCUCAGCGUGGAGACUUCAACCUCGAGCUUCGAUGCUGUGACUGCAGAUCUUCAAGCUGAUGAGCUCGAUGACUUGCUCUACUGCAACCACUCCUCGUCCUUCGCAGGGCAUCAAGAGCACGAGCUCGCUGGCUUAGACUGUUGCAGAGAAGUGUACGGUGAAAAGGAGAGCACAGAUUGGUGGAUUGUCGACGGUUUCGAGGAUGAGUCGACGAUGGUGUCUUGGGAUUCAGCUUCAGCUCUCGGUUCACAAGAGUACGACGUUUAGGGAUUUGCAAGAAUCUAUAUGGUGUCCAAGAACGGUGUGCAAUCUUCUUGGUAGUGUUGUCCCAUUUGCGUGUGAGUUUGUCCAUGUUAGGUUGCCUCUCGCAUUACAUCUGAUGGGGAAUGGAUUCGUUAUGAACAGAAGCUGAUUCGAGUAUUCUGGGACAGAAGAAACCUUUUGCUGCUCA